CGAAAGGAUAAGGUGAUAGAUAGGAGAGCAGAUAGAUGAAAUCCAACGGUCACUGCGCAGUUUGACAUUUUACGACAGAGUUGGUGACGAAAAGCCAAAAAUAAAAACAUGUGGGAGUUGAGGGCUUCACAAUCACAAAACGGUCAGUUUUGUUAGGCCAGUUGCUUUCGCUUUCGGUGGAUCAAGCAGAGACUCGAAAUUGAAAAUUGAGUUUGGGAUUUGAGAGCUAUAACAAUGGCGUCCUUUCUCAAACUCGACGAUUCCCCUAUGUUUCAGAGCCAGAUAUGUUCUUUAGAGCAGACAGCUGAUGAGUUGAAGGAUCGAUGCCAAAAACUACACAAAGGGUGUAAGAAGUUUAUGGCUGCCCUUGGAGAAGCAUGUAAUGGGGACAUUUUUUUUGCUGACUCUUUGGAAGCAUUUGGUGGUGGGCAAGAUGAUCCUGUUAGUGUAUCCAUAGGAGGUCCUGUAAUGUCCAAAUAUAUUACUGCGUUUCGUGAGCUUUCUACCUAUAAAGAGCUUCUCCGUUCCCAAGUAGAGCAUGUCUUAAUUGAUAGGCUGACGCACUUCAUAACAGUUGAUUUGCAAGAUGCAAAGGAGUCCCGAAAACGCUUUGACAAAGCAAUACACGCUUAUGACCAGUCACGAGAAAAGUUCGUAUCAUUAAAGAAGAAUACAAAGGGAGAUGUUGUUGCUGAGCUAGAGGAGGAUCUACAAAAUUCAAAAUCAGCUUUUGAGAAAAGCCGCUUCAAUCUAGUAAACGCACUGAUGAAUAUUGAAGCAAAGAAGAAGUAUGAGUUUUUGGAAUCUUUUAGUGCAAUUAUGGAUGCUCAUCUAAGAUAUUUUAAGCUGGGAUUUGAAUUGUUGAGUGAAAUGGAACCAUAUAUUCAUCAGGUGUUAACAUAUGCACAACAAGCUAAAGAACAGGCCAAAGUUGAACAAGAUAAACUUGCCAAAAGGAUUCAGGAAUUCAGGACGCAAGCCGAGCUUGAUAGUCUGCAAGCUUCCAGUAAUUUAGAGCCUCCUUCAGUUGAUGGGGUUUGUGCUUUUGGUUUGAGUUCUUACAAAAACGUAGAAGCAAUCAUGCAGUCCACGACAACCGGGGAGGUCCAAACAAUCAAGCAAGGAUAUCUGUUGAAGCGAUCGUCAAAUUUGAGGGGAGAUUGGAAGAGGAGGUUUUUUGUACUCAACAGUGAAGGAGCUUUGUAUUAUUAUAGAAUUAAGGGCACAAAACCUAUGGGCUCUCAGUCGCAGCAAUACACUCGCUCAGGUGAACAUAACAGUGGUGUGUUUAGUAGAUUCCGAAAGCACAAUAGGGCAUCUUCAUUUAAUGAAGACAUUCUGGGCUGCCGUACUAUUGAUUUGCGCAUGUCAACUAUAAAGAUGGACGCAGAGGAUACAGAUCUACGGCUUUGCUUUAGAAUAAUGUCUCCUUUGAAGACUUAUACUUUGCAGGCUGAAAAUGAGGCAGAUAGGAAGGAUUGGAUGAACAAAUUAACUGGAGCUAUUGUAUCUCUCUUCAACUCUCAGUUUUAUGGACAGCUGUAUCUUUUGCAGCCUUUUCCUGCAACUGUAAAUCAGGAGAAUAAUAAAUCUGCUGGCGGUGCUUCUUGUGAUGUUCAGCCACUAGAUAUAGAUAGUGUUUCUACUAUUCUCAAAGAAGUACCUGGAAAUGAUUUUUGUGCGGAGUGCAGUGCUCCAGAUCCUGAUUGGGCAUCUCUUAAUCUUGGUAUAUUGUUGUGUAUUGAGUGCUCUGGUGUUCACCGGAAUCUUGGUGUUCAUGUUUCCAAGGUGAGAUCUUUAAAGCUGGAUGUGAAGGUUUGGGAACCUACUAUCUUGGACUUAUUUCGCAACUUGGGUAAUGCUUAUUGUAACUCUUUAUGGGAGGGAUUGCUUCUGCUUGAAAAUAGUCGCUUUCAGCUGAAAAUAAAUAUCUCAUGCAGAGUGGACGACAAAAAUGCCGCAAUCACUUCAAUUACAAAGCCUUGCCCAAACGAUUCUAUUAAUCAUAGGGAAAAAUAUAUCCACUCAAAGUAUGUGGAGAAAUUGCUGGUUGCUAAAGAUGAAUCUGUAACUGGAACAGAUUCUCUUGCUUCGAAGAUAUGGCAAGCAGUUAAGACCAAUAAUUUAAGAGAAGCCUAUCGUCUAAUUGUGGUCUCAGAUUUAAAUAUCAUAAACACCACCUUUGAUGAAGUGUUCCAUGUUGAUUUAUUUCACCAUGACAAAGCAAAAGACUCUGGUUGCAACGCUAAUGAAAAUAAACGGCAAGAUCCAUCAUCCUGUAGGAGAAUCAAGGACUCCAAUGACCCUGGAAGUUGUCUUCAGGGUUGUUCACUUCUGCAUUUGGCAUGCCACGGUGGAGAUUUUGUGAUGGUUGAAUUGUUGCUGCAAUUUGGUGCAGACAUAAAUUUACGUGAUUUCCAUGGAAGGACUCCUUUGCAUCACUGCAUCUCCGUUAGGAACACCCCAUUGGCAAAGUUUCUACUCAGAAGAGGUGCUGGUCCAUCGAUUAAAGAUGGAGGGAGUCUAAGUUCAUUAGAAAGAGCUAUGGAGAUGGGAGCAAUAACUGACGACGAGUUGUUCAUAUUGCUUUCUGAAUGUGAGUGAAAAGUGAAAUUGCAUAUGAGACUAAUCUACUUGCUUGCUUCCUUUUCUCAAUUUUACUGAUGUUAACAAAACCAUAAUUGCCUUAUCAUUAUGUGAGAAUCCUCUUAGUUACCUAUUCAUUUUUAGAUGGAUAAGUUUCUUUAAUUUUCUUGUUAUUUAAAUAUCGUAUUCUAUUAAUAUGGAAUUAAUUAAUAUUGUAUAAACUCCACAUUUAGCUCAGCUUCAUGGAAGAAAAAGAAGCUAGUAAAUUUAUAAUUCCAAGAGUUAAAAGUUGUACUAUUUAUUUCA